AUGCCAGAAAAUGAAUCUUCUGAUGCUCAGAUGAACUAUCAGGAUCCCUUGUUCUUAUCACAUUCAGAUAAUCAUGAUUCUUCCUUGACACUAAUGCUGUUUGAUGGAGGUAACUUCAUGAUUUGGAGCAGAAUUGUGAAGUUAGCUCUAGGGGCUAAGAAUAAGAAAGGUUUUAUUGAGGGUAAGAUACCAAAACCAGCAAGUGGUCACAAAGAUUACAACAGAUGGGAAAGGAGUGACUAUAUGGUGAGAUGCUGGAUUUUUAGAUAUAUGACAGAUCAAGUAGCAGGAGAUUUGAGCUUGGUUCAAACUUCCAAGCAGCUGUGGGAUGAGUUGAGUGAGAGAUACUCUGAGAGCAAUAUACCUCUCUUAUAUCAGCUCAAGAAGGAUCUUGGUAAGCUGGAGCAAGAAGACUUAUCUGUGGGAGAUUAUUACUGCAAGUUGAAGAAAUUUUGGGAUGAAAUAUACAAUAUUAAAGCAAUGCCAGAGUGUACUUGUGGGAUUGUGGCAAAGUGUACAUGUAGCAUGUACAAGAAAAUGUUGUCCAUGGUAGAGACAAAAAGGUUGAUUCAGUUCUUGAUGGGAUUGAAUAGAGGUUACCAGAACGUUAGAGAGAACAUUCUCAGUAUGGACCCUCUACCUAGUGUCAACAAAGCUUUCCACUUGGUGCAACAAACUAAGAAGCAGAAGAAGGUAUCAGGUGAUAUGCAGGACAUAGCAGAGGCUUCAACUUUUCAAUUAACAAAGGAAGUCAGGCAAUAUGUCUCUGCCAAGCAGAAUGACAGUAGGAACCAGGGGAAGGAAGGAAGAAAGCCAAAAACUGAUGUGUUUUGUGAUCACUGCAAGAAGAAAGGCCAUGAUAGGUCUGGUUGCUUUGAGAUUUAUGGGUAUCCACACUGGUAUAAAGGGAAAAGAACAGCAGAAAAUUUUGGCAAGCUAGAAGAAGAAAUCGACUCCUCCUUAGAUGAGGAAGAGUAUGAGAUUGGAAGUGGCUCUAUGAGCAAACCUGAUGCAGGAAUGAUUUCAGCUGUGGUCAAGGAGGUAAUGAGAGCCUUCUAG